CUUGGCAGUAGCUACCAUUUAUACCUCUGAGACUUACUCCUCUGCCUUUCUGUAUUGCUUGGAUCCCCUGGAUACAGAGCCAUGGCCUUGUUUGACAAGGCCAAUUGCCAGGCAGCGAGUUUAGCUAUCAACAUCGUGGGAUGGAUCUUGACCGUGGUUUGCAUGGGCCAGGCUAAUUGGCGAGUAUGGUACAUGGAGAGCAGCCCCGAGCCUCCCUGGGGGCUGGCCUACGUAGGGAUGUGGAAGGUCUGCACUUACCAGCCCGACAGCCUCCAGACCAGACCCAUAGCCUGUCACCGCUACACCUACAGGGACACCUACCUGCCAAUGGAUAUCCGCUUCGCUCAGAACCUGCUGCUGGCCGCCAGCCUCCUCGGUCUCCUGGGGAAAUGGCUCAUGGUCAUGGGCCUGCGGAGAGUGUACACGGGACAGCUUCAGAAGGACACCACCUGCAAUCUGUUCCUAGUUUCCAGAAUCCUGAGCAUCGUCGCUGGUUCAUUUAUCUUCAUCGCCGUGCUCUGUAACUACCAUGCGGUGAAGAAUGAAGAGGGCAUACACUUCCCGCCAUCCUUCCACAUCCCGUUCAGUCCGGAGCGGCAGGAGAUUGGCAGCGCCGUGUAUCUGGCGGUUCUGGCUGCAUGCCUGAUGCUGUUGAGUGGGCUGUUUACCAUCUCUUUCCAGCUGCCCCCAACAGCCAAAGGUACCCCCAAGUCUUGCAAGUGUGAAAUUCACGGUUGCAUAACUUUGCAAAUCCAGGAUAAGCAGUUUAUGGGGGUUAAGUAACUAUGAAAUAGAUCCAAGGAGUCAUGACCAUGACAAAGGUCAUCAAAGUGGCCAUAUCCUGCUAUGAGCAAAUUGGGCUCAUCGAUUGGUUAAGGAACUUUCAUUAAAAAAAUUCCAAAUAAACCACUUUCCACCUGUC